CUUCCUUCCAGUGCCGAUGAGCGCUUUGACGCAACGUUCCAUACCAAUGUUUUGGUGAACUCUUCAGGAUACUGUCAGUACCUCCCGCCAGGGAUCUUCAAGAGCUCUUGCGAAAUCGACGUGCGCUGGUUCCCCUUUGAUGUCCAGAAGUGCAAAUUAAAAUUUGGCUCCUGGACUUACGGCGGGUGGUCUUUGGAUCUGCAAAUGCAAGAGGCGGACACAUCGGGAUAUAUUUCAAACGGCGAAUGGGAUUUAGUAGGAGUCCCCGGGAAAAGGACAGAAUCGUUCUACGAUUGCUGCAAAGAGCCUUACCCAGACGUGACUUUUACAGUGACGAUGCGACGGAGGACUCUGUACUACGGACUCAACCUCCUGAUUCCGUGCGUUCUGAUCUCUGCUUUGGCUCUUCUGGUUUUCCUGCUCCCGGCAGAUUCAGGGGAGAAAAUCUCAUUAGGGAUAACAGUUUUAUUGUCCCUCACCGUUUUCAUGCUCCUGGUGGCGGAAAUUAUGCCAGCCACUUCAGAUUCAGUGCCGUUAAUAGCCCAAUAUUUUGCCAGCACCAUGAUUAUCGUCGGCCUUUCUGUUGUCGUCACCGUGAUCGUCCUACAGUAUCACCACCACGAUCCAGACGGAGGGAAGAUGCCAAAAUGGACCAGAAUCAUCCUUCUCAACUGGUGUGCCUGGUUCCUCCGGAUGAAAAGACCCGGGGAGGAUAAAGUGCGACCGGCUUGCCAGCACAAACGGCGGUGUAGCCUAUCAAGUGUUGAGAUGAACACCGUGAGCGGACAGCAAUCCAGUAAUGGGAACAUGCUCUACAUUGGAUUUCGAGGGCUUGAAGGGGUCCAUUGCACCCCGACCACUGAUUCUGGAGUGAUCUGUGGGAGAAUGACUUGUUCUACCACAGAUGAGGACAACCUUCUUCACAGCGGACAUCCGUCAGAAACCGACCCGGAUCUGGCCAAGAUCCUGGAGGAGGUCCGCUACAUCGCCAAUCGCUUCCGAGACCAGGACGAGGCAGAAGCCAUUUGUAACGAGUGGAAAUUUGCCGCUUCUGUGGUGGACCGCCUCUGCCUGAUGGCCUUCUCGGUCUUCACGAUCAUUUGUACGAUCGGCAUUUUAAUGUCUGCACCCAAUUUUGUAGAGGCCGUUUCUAAAGAUUUCGCUUGAUCUGCACUCCUGGGCUUGCAAAAUGUCAGUGCUCAAAGAAAAAAAGAAUAGGUUACCUAGCAAUAGCAUAUACAGGGCACUUUGCAUAUACGAGAGGCAACAUUUUCUGGGGUGUGGUAUUACAAAAGGACAGUAUAACAAAAAAUAGCCCUAACAGUUGCCUGGGCUGUGUGUAGAGUCCAACAAUCUUUUAUGCACCCACCAGAUUUGGUGUCCAGAAUAAAUUCUUUAAAUUAAGUC